GAUUGACCUCCUGACCUCAUUUAAUGGAAGACGAACAAAAUGCAUAAAUUAAAGAGUUCACAAAAGGAAAAGGUUCGACAGUUCAUCGCCUUCACACAAACAACUGAGAAAGGAGCUAUUGCCUGCCUAGGUUCUCAUGACUGGAAGCUUGAUCUUGCUGUAGAUAAUUAUUUCCAAGCGCCAGAACGGUACAACAGCGAACCCAGUCGUUCAGCUGUGGAUAGGAAAAAACUUGAAGCAUUAUGGCAGAGAUACAGAGACCCUCAUGAAGAUGAUAAAAUGACAGCCGAUGGUGUAAUGAAAUUUUUAGAGGAUUUAAGUCUCAACCCAGAAUCUAGGACAGUAUUACUGUUAGCAUGGAGGUUUAAAGCAGCAACACAGUGUGAAUUUACAAAGGAUGAAUUUAUAUCAGGAAUGGCAGAUUUAAGCUGUGAUUCAGUAGACAAAUUAAAAAGUAAAUGUACCUCCUUUGAAUCAGAAAUAAGAGACUCAACAAAAUUUAAAGACUUUUAUCAGUUUACAUUUAACUAUGCCAAAAACCCAGGACAAAAAGGUUUAGAUUUAGAAAUGGCAAUUGCAUAUUGGAAUAUAGUGUUAGCAGGAAGAUUUAAAUUUUUAGAUGUAUGGAGUGAAUUUUUACAAGAACACCAUAAACGAUCAAUACCAAAAGAUACCUGGAAUUUAUUAUUAGAUUUUUGUAAUAUGAUCAAUGAAGAUAUGACAAAUUAUGAUGAAGAAGGUGCAUGGCCAGUGUUAAUAGACGAAUUUGUAGAAUACGCAAGACCUCUGAUAAAAGGACCUAAGAGUACAACUGUUUGAUGAUUGUUAUGCUUUAUAUUUGUUUUAUGAGGCCUUGACUUAACUCAGAGGACAUUUUUAUAUAGGCUUCUAGAAUAAAAUUGUUAAACCUAGUUACAGAUAAACCAUACUAUCUUCCUGCUAUUGUGCAAUAGUCAGAAUGGUUUUAUUGGCUUGUGAUCCGUCUUGAUUGUUCAAUUGAUGAUGUCACCAAACACAAAGAAGCCAUGGAACAGAAAGCUGUUUUGCAUUUUUAUCAUAUAAAAUGUAUUUGGAUUACAUUUAGUUCUCUUUUUCCAUUUUAAGGCUAGCUAAAUUGCUUGGUUUAUAAGUAUUUCAAAACUAUAAUAUUUACCAGGUGUGUUAUGUACUUGUUAAGGCUUGCUUUUCUGGAUGUGGCAUCUUAAAAAAAGACAAAGUAAAACACUUUAACCAUUUUUACUUUGUCUAUCUAACUAUCAUGUUGAUAUUUAUCCCACUUUCCUUUUAUUUAUAUAAAUGGAUGCUACAGUAAAACAAAACACUGCCUACAAGGGCAUGUAAAAAUAUCCUUUUCUUUAUCAAAACUUGUAGUUUGAACCUUUGUAUUUUUUUUCUACUGAAUGCUCCCUAUAUACAAAUAUUCUAUUGUUUUUGCUGUUUACAGUUCUUUUCACAAAAAAUUAAACUGUUUUACUCUUAUAACUACUGUUGUUAUGUAAAAUCUGAAGUAUUAAACAUGAAACUGAGGUAUUUCUUCAUAUAUAUUUAAUAGACAUCUUGUAAAGAAAUUAUAGCUAGGCAUUUUUCACAUUUAAUGGCAAUGAUAAAAGGUUGUUCAUUCUGUGAAAUUUUCAUCUGUGUAGUCUACAGGCAUACACAAAUGGGUUGGAAACCAGUGUUUUAAUUGAACAUCAGUAUUAAAGAUUAUUUAAGGAAAUACCUUGUGUGUAAUGUAUUUUCCAAUGAAAAAUAAUAGUGUGCUAAUAUUAAGUGCUUGGCUGUGAAUUAUUAUUUUUGUUGGCUUUUUCUUGUAUCUGAUAUUACAUCAUUCAAUACUGCAGUUAAAUUUUAUUAAGAAAGCAAAAUUUAUAGGAUAUAGAUUUACUGUAAAAAAGAUUCAUUUUGUACAACUGUGAAAUGUCCAGCAAAAGAUUUUUAAAAAGUUGUGAAAUUUUAAUUGAAAUAUUAAUUUAAAUAUCCAUAGAGUAAAAUUAUAAAUGAUUGAUACUUUCUAAUGUUUGAAAGACUUGUUUUCUUGAAGAAGUAAACAGUAAAGAAAUUAAAUGAGAUUUAAAGAAAUUUUUCUUUGGUUUGAGUAUGAGACAUUUUUGUGUGUCCACACAUGCAUUAUAUAUAUGUACUAUGUUCCUGUCUUUUUAACAUGUUAUUUCAGAUGAUAACUUUCUUAACAUGGAAUAAUAUAGGUAGUAUGAAUUAUUGCAUUGGUUGCAACGACUUUCCAUUAAGAUAAAAACCGAUAAUUUCACAUGUAACAUAAAUCAGAAAGUUUCACUCAUCUGACCUCAUACAACAAUGGAUGUUGUCAUGAUAAUGUAGAUGACAUUGAUUGAAAAGGAAUUGAAAAUGUGUAGAAAAAAAUGUAGUUGUUUGUAUUUUCUCCAUUUUUUUCAGAAAAAAAAGUCUAUGGUCAAUGUAAUAAGAAGAACAAAUCCAAGAAUACAAAUAUCAGAAAAUGUUCAACUUGUGACCGAACAACACUUUUAAAUUAUGAUUAACUCAUGCACUAUGUGCACUCGUGAAUUAAUAUGUUGUUCGGUCACUAAUUAAAUAAUUUUCUGUAUUUGAAUUCUUGGAUUAGUUAUUUUAUAAUUAAUGUAUACUAGAUGUAGACUAUAGAAUUUUGCUUGCUACCAUAAGUGAACAAAGACAAAAAAAUCUAUCAACACUAGACAUCAUGGCCAGCUUCAAAAUCUUAUUUCACCAAAGUGGUGUGAAAUUAUAUGCAUAUUCUGUGCCCUCUGGGUAGUAAUAUUACUGAUUCAUUUGUAUUAUCAUAUUAAAAUGUAAUAUUUAAUGACAGAAUUGUUAUAUUAAAGUUGAAUAACUAUAAAGUUGGUUUCUUAAUGUCAAUCUGCAAAUUUUUUAUGCAUAUUAAUGGAAUAUAGAUAUGUAUUACCAUAACAGUGUACAAAGGUGAAACCUGUCUGAACAGAACAUACUUAGGACUGAAAAGUUUGUUCAGAUUAAACAGGUGUUUGGUUAACACAAACUGAAUUACUAUUAGAAUAUUCAUAGUACUGGUACAAGACUGUAGUACUGCUUUCCUGUAAAUUCAGGGUCAGUUUUCAGCAUUUGUCACUAUACUCAUAAUUGAUUUUCAAGCCAUAUUUUGCUUACAACUUACAAGUGGACCUGGUGCUAGAUUUUCUCGUUUCAUCUCUCUUUUCAAAAAUGUUUUUUUUUAAUUCAAAAUAUAAUGUUUCCAUAUGUAGGUAGUAAUCAGAAAUCAUUCUUGUCAAAUUCAUGCUUCCCAUUGACUAUUCUGGUCUUUAUAUUGUCAAGUAAUUUUGUGUCACUCAGUUACUGUAAAUUCAGAAAUUUUUGAGAAGUUAUUUUAUUAUUGUGAAAAUUACAAUGGGAUAUGUUUCGCAAUAAUAAAUACUCGAAUUUUAUAUUUUGAUAGAAUUAAUUGUAUGCAACAUUUUCUGAAAUGGCAAUAAUUAAUCACAUGUUUUCAUAUGACUGCAAAUAUUUUUUUGUAAAUUGUUCUCAUUUUGUAAUAAAAAAUGUAAACAAAAAAUUUCUGAAUUUACAGUAUGAAUAGCAUCCUGAUAUCACUUUGGGUUAACAAGGUUAACAGAUUGUGAUAAUAUGGUCACCACUCUCCAAGCAAAUUCUACUUAUACUUCCCACCUUAUGAAAAUUUUAGUGUCAUUCUGUGUAGGGGCAUCACUUUUUCUGCAGUAGCUCUUGCUUAUAACAUAGACACAAUACAUACCAUCGGCUUUGCAUAAUGCAUAUAGAACUAAUGCUUCUAGAUAUUUAUUCAUGAAUAUUUUUUCUAUAACAGUGAAGAAAGGAGUAGGGGUAUAAUAAGACCCUUAUUUGGUCUAAAUAUCAGUGCGAAUUUAAAAGUUACCAUACGUGUCCUUGAAUUUAUCUCAUUUUAUUAAGGUAUAAGGUGUUUAGAAAAUUAAACAAAUUUCACAUUUAAAAAGUUACAGAAGCAACAUACCAUUACUAAUUUGUAUAAUUGAUCAAAUUUAUUGAUUUUCCUUGUUUUGCAUCAUUUUCGAAACAUAAGCACCCAAGAAACAACUUUAUGUUUUGAGGGAUUAUAUAAAUAGCUUUAAAGGGGCACUAGCUAGGAGAUAUUUAAAAAAUCUGAAAUAUGAUUUUUUUUUUUUGUUCAAUCAUUAAUGAAAGUAGAAUAGUGAAAUAAUAAUUCUCUUUUAGCAGCCAGUAUAGUUCAAUUUUGUCAAAAUAAGCUAAAAAACAUUGAUGAUUAAUUAUUCACUUGCAAGUGAAUAAUUCGACCCCAUUGAAUCCGUAUUCAUGUGAACUUCAAUUUAACCCCUUGGCUAGAAAUAGAUAAUGCAUGCAUUGUGCGUGUUGAGUUAUUUAAAGGAAAAGAAUGUCAACAUUGAAAGUGAAACAAGGGUAAAUCAUUUGAUUGACUGAUUUGAUCCACAAAAAUCAUUCUUAUACAGGUUAAAAAGAUGAUUAACAUAUAUUUUUAAUCUAUAAUAUGAAAUUAAACAGAUUUAGAAAAAUCCAAUUGCACGAGUUUCAAUAUCUAUUUAUAUUUAUAUUUAUGUUUAUAUCGCUUAUAUGGCCAUCAGAUGUGUUCGGAGAUCAACUCGAUAGUUAAUUAGAUGGCGCCUAGACUAAAAUACACACGAAACAAAGCUACAUAUUCUCGAGCCCAUGCCCUGUAAAUUGUUUAUUUUAGACUUUAUAAUUUGGAUAAAUGUUUUACAUUGUUAUAAAUCAAAUAUGAGAAUUAGAGUCAAAUCGGUGAACAUGAAUUUGACAGCUAGUGCCCCUUUAAAAAAGCUACUCUAAAAUUAUUUUGAUGUUUCUUGGCUGCACACAAUGUUUUAAUAAGUGAAAUAUGAAUGGAAAAUUGAACAUUAAGCAUGAAAAAGAUAAAUAUUAUGACGUAAUUGUGACUUGUAUUCUCAAAAGACUUGUCUAAUUCAUGAAUUUUAUUUUACCCUAUGCAUUUCUAAACAUUAUUUGCAAAAAUGAAAUAGUUUUUAAAAAUUUGUUUUUCUUGGGCCAAAAACAGGCCUAAAUGCCCUUGCUCCUUUGAUCAUUACCUUCAGAAGAGAAAUUUUAUCCACAGUAAUUAUUAUCAGAAAACAUCAGUGUUUCAGAUGUUCAAUGAUGAAGAAGGUACUUAUGCAUUUAUGUAUCAUUUAUGAUGUGAACAAUCCACCAGGAAAUAAGAUUAAAUGAUGUGGAAAAUUCUUUGUUUCUCCAUUUUGGGAGCUUCUUGAGCCAAUAGUCUUGCUUUAGGUCACCUAUAUUAGGUUUGUUGAUUUAAUGUAGGUCUUUCUUCAGAUUUUUAUUGUUGAAAAUUAUACUUAUUUAUAUACUGGUCUACAUUUGUUUUGAGUUGUAUCACUUUAAGAGAAUGCUCUGAUUCAAUACAAUUUUAAUUGAAUGUUCAUAAAGCAUCUGAUGAUUGUAGCAAAAAUGAGCUGAAAAAAAAAUAGAUUAAAACUGUCAGCAUAAUUGUAUACAUCUUUCAAUUAGAAUUUCAGUGACUCCUUCAAGACAAUUAUGUUGUCAUUUAGAAAAGUAUUAUGUUUUUUUCUGAGUUAAAUCAUUUUAAUGCUGUUCUGUUGUGAAGAUAAAUAUUCAUUUUUUGCAAUAACUUUAAUAGUGCAGGCAAACAGACAACCUUGCACAAGAAGCAUCAACUCAAAACAAAUGAAAGGCAAAAUAUACUAUGUAUAUGUUUUAAUAACAUAGGAAGCUACUGAGGGAAGUUCUAAAGUUUGUUUAUGCCUAUUUACUUUAAGUGAUACAAUGUUUAUUCUCAAUCUUGAACUUUUUAUUGAUUGAAUAUUAAUGAACUAUAUUUACAUAUUACCAUUUAAUACCCAACAAGUUCAGUUGUAUGGAUAUUUAUAUCACUACUUAUUGUACCUAUCAAAGAAUGAAGAAGUACAAGUAAAUUUGAAAACUUUAAA